AUGGUUGCUCUAGAGCCGCUUCUUCUUUCAGGGCUGGCAGUCCCUCUGUCGGCCCAGGCAACGAGCCGCUCUGGACACGGCUACCACGCAAAUGCCGGGGUUCUCCAAUAUGUCGACCCUCUCAUUGGCACUGCGGGCCCGGAUCCCAAUACCAAUGGUGGCAUGAUACCCUCUGUCUGCCCGCCAUUUGGCAUGACUCGCUGGACACCGCAGACGCGGGAGAAUUUUAUCUCACAGGCACCCUACGCGUAUGGCGACCAGCUGAUGCACGGUUUCCAGGCCACCCAUCAGCCGGCAAUUUGGAUGGGCGAGGCAGGCCAGGUUGUGUUGACACCGGGGAUGGGCACAGUGCAACCGUUGUUUCAGAAUCGCGGAUUGGCAUUCAGCAAAGAGAACGAGCGGAGCACCGCAUAUGUGUAUGAGGUCCUUCUCAAUGGCACGCAGCUGCUAAAUCGGGACUGGAACUCCACGGCUGAGGCUGUGGGAGAUGGCCCGGAUGCCGGUGGCGGACAGGCGGUGCCAGAGGUUGUGGAGGAGGGCGCAAACGGAAGAACUCGCAAGCAACCCCCCGAGCAUUUCUGA